AUGCAGACGGCUGACUCGCCUUUCGCCACAAUCGAUGACAGUGUUUGGGACGAGAAAUACUCCGACAGAUUUGGCCAGCUGGACUUUGGGGUCAGUUCCCUGCAAGGUCCCAGGGAGUCUAUGGAGGACUGCGCCUAUGUGGUUCCACGUGCCCGAUGCGGCUUCCUCUUUGCAGCUGUUUUUGAUGGGCACAGCGGCUUCAGCACAGCAGAGUACCUUACAGAUCACCUGUAUGGAGUGAUUUCUGAUGCCAUCAAUGACAACACAUAUGGCCAGGAGUGCUCUGUAUCAGGCCAUGAAGAUGAGGACGAGAGGAAUUCUGGGGCAACCGCCACUGUCGUGCUGGCGAGGAAAGACAAGCUGGUGGUUGCAAAUGUGGGCGACUCGCGAGCAGUGCUGUCCCGGCGGGCGCAGGCGGUGGAUCUGACGAUGGAGCACCGGGUGUCGGGGGGCGGCCCCGUGGUGGAGGCUGAGGUGGCACGCGUCACGGCGGCCGGCGGCUGGAUCGCGGACGGGCGCGUGUGCGACGUCAUCGCGGUGUCGCGCGCGUUUGGGGACCAGGAAUUCAAGGGUGACGGCAUGACCGGCAUGCUGCAGAAAGGCGUCAGCGAGGAGUGGUGGGAUCAGGCGUUUGCAGACUCCAAGCACUUGACGCAGGACCUGCUCGUGGCCACGCCAGAUGUCGUUGAGGCACCCGUGCAUGAAGACGACGAGUUUCUCAUCCUCGCCACUGACGGGCUGUGGGAUGUGGUGUCGAGCCAUGAUGCUGUCAGCAUGGCGCGGAGCGACUUCAAGAAGAGGAGGAGUGCGCAGCAGAUUGCAGAGAGGCUCACAAAGACGGCGAUCCAGAGGCGCACGGAGGACAAUGUGUCCGUGGUGGUCAUUGACCUGGGCGGCGGCAAAGAUGGCUGGGACAAGCCACAGCAGAAGAACUCCGAUGUAUGGAAGGGCUUUCUUGGGUUGAAAAAGUGA